AUGCUCGAGCUGUCUUUUCAAAAUGCUCAAGAAGUGGUGGACCAAAAUAACAGUGGCAGUUUACAAGAAAAAAAACAAAUUCAAAUCCUUCAGGAUCUUAUUGUUAAGCCAGCUUCUACAAGCAGUGAAACUACAACUUCUCAAGAACCUCGCUGCAGUUCAUUUAUUGAUUUUCAAGAACCUAGCUUCAGUUCAACUUUACACGAUAGCUCAAUGCGGAUGCAUCUAAUAACAUUUAUACUCCCAACCCUUCCGAGAAAAUCUGUGCAAUAUGACACUCAAACGCAAAAUGAACAAAGCUCAUUAACAUAUUUGAAUAUUCUUGCAAAUUCUGCUAAAGAUUUUGAACCCGAUUCAUCUGAUGAUGGUUAUGCUCCCAACUCGUCUGACCUAGAAACUGAUUCUUCUUACUCCGACGAUAGUGAUGGUGAUGAUAGCGUAAUAACUUACUAUGAAAACAGUUCUGAAACCGAAUUAGUUCAAAUACUUGAAAAUACUCAAUGUACAGAAAACAAUAAUUUUGACGAGUGGGAAGACAUUAACGAUACAAAACCUGAUUUCGAUGAAUUCACGGAUAAUUGUAGACCAAACAUUCCGGAUAAUACUAUAACGCCAGCAGAUUUUUACAGUCUAUUUUUGAGGUUAAACACAAACAAUUACGCACAAGAUCUUAUUAGUAAUCUAAGUAAUCUUAAGCCUAAAUCACGCUUGCGAGCCUGGACUCCUACAACUCCAGAGGAGAUGAAAAAAUUUUUAGGAGUGCUACUGGCGAUGGGUCUUUCAAGAGUCAACUCUAACGACACAGACAAAUUGAAAAAGAUAAGGGAUACUUUUAAUAAGAUUUUAGAAAUAUUGCAAACCCUUUUGGAGCCAGAUAAUUUCUACAAUUCCAUUGAUCUUGCGGAAGAACUUAUACGUAAAAAGACCUUCAUGUGUGGUACUCUGAGACCAAAUCGGAAAGGAAAUCCUAAGAAAAUAAUAUCCAUAAAAUUGAAACGAGGUCAAAUAGUAGGAAAAAUGUACCCAAAUGGGGUAAGAGUUAUAAAGUGGACAGAUAAGAGACCGGUUCAUAUGAUUUCUACGUGCCGAAAUCACAAUUUGACUCUUAAAUCUACAGGUAAGACGAACCGAAUCACUGGAAACAUAAUUAAAAAACCACAAUGCGUCAUAACAUACAAUGAGAAUAAAAAAGGCAUCGAUUUUAACGACCAAAUGUCUUCAUAUUAUUCUAGCUUGAAAAGGGGCGUGAAAUGGUUCAGAAAAGUAAUGAUGGAGAUAUUAUUUGGAACAGUCAUAAUAAACAGCUGGGUAUUAUACAAUCACGGUAAACCAGUUCAAAUGCCAAAGAAGAAUUUUAUGGAAGCAAUUAUUGAAGCUUUGACUCAGGUGCCGAUAUUAACAGAAACAGGUAAUAUAUUUUUCCGUAAUAUUUAG